AUGAUUGCCCCUGAUCAAGUCGCUGAGAUGCUGUACCCGGCAGCAACCACUGCAAAACCGGGACCUAUCCCCACGGUCAUCCCCGACCCCACACACUUCCAACUCUCGACCGAGACGGGCCAGCGCACGCUCUGGGUGCUCUUCGCGGGCAUGACGCUCUUCUCGGCGGUGUUUGCGCUGCUGUCGUGGAACGUGCCCGUGGCCAAGCGCGUGUUCCACGUCACGACGACGCUGCUGACGCUCGUGUCGGCGCUGGCCUACUUCGGCAUGGCCGCGGGCCACGCCUCGUCGCUGAGCUGCCAUCCCGUCCGCGACCGCCACGGCCACGGCAUCCCCGACACCUUCCACGACCAGUGCCGCCAGAUCUACUGGGCCCGCUAUGUGGACUGGGCGCUGACCACCCCGCUGUUGCUGCUGAACUUGUGUCUGUUGGCGGGUGUGGAUGGCGCCCAUACCCUCAUGGCGCUGGUGGCGAAUGUGGUGAUGGUGUUGGCGGGCUUGUUUGCUGCCUACGGCGCGGAGGGUACCGCCCAGAAGUGGGGUUGGUUUGUGAUUUCGUGUCUGGGCUACUUGUUUGUCGUGUGGCAUGUCGGCCUGCACGGCACGCGCACUGUCCAGGUCAAGGGCGCCCGCGUCUCCAAACUGUGGGCGUCACUUACCAUCUACUCGUUGGCUUUAUGGGCGGCAUAUCCGAUUGUCUGGGGAAUUGCGGCCCUAGCUCGCAAGACGAACGUUGAUACUGAGGUUAUCAUCUAUGCCGUGCUCGAUGUUCUUGCGAAGCCCAUUUUCGGCCUCUGGCUGCUUGUGAGCCACCGCGCCAUCGCAGAAUCCAAUAUUGACAUUGGAGGCUACUGGUCGCAAGGCCCAGCUGCUGACGGCAGAAUCCGCAUUGGAGAUGAAGAAUAA